CCCUUACGGCACACCAGCACUUCUUAUUUAGCAGCCUCAAUGACAUGAUCACAUUUCUAGCGAGGACGCCAAAUCCGCGCGAGAGCGAGCAUUUUUUUAGGGGGGGGGGCCGCACGCGCACACACAAUAAAGCGUGCAAGAAACCGCUGCUUUUCCUUCGGCUUGCUCUUCGCGAGCGCGAGUGUAUGCGAGUGUGUGUGUGUGUGUGUUUGUGUGUGUGUGCGCAGCAGCGAGAGGACGUGUCGUAAUGAUAUAAAACUGAAAGGAAGGAAGGAUUUUUUUUCUCACGCGCACACACAGAAAGGCUGCUUGUCGCUUUCCUGCCGCUGGAGUACGAAUAGUUUCUUUCCUCUUUUCGGACCAUCGUGGAUUGUGUGCCCCACUUUUGUCCUCCGCCCCAGGAAGGGUCGAGGGACGCGAGGAAGCGCCGUCUGGAAUUGUUGUUUUUUUUUCUUCUUCUUCUUCUUCUUCACCUGGAAGAGAAUCUCCAUCGGUUUCCUGAAUAGAGAAGCAACAGAAGGAUUAAAACAUUCCUGGCCGGGUUACAUUGUGCGCUGUGCUAAGAAAGGCGGCUAUAAAUAGCCCCUUGCGCGAUUCCCGUAAACUAUCACAAGUGCUGCAUGGGAUCGUGAAGAAUCACACGCGUGUAGAAAUUACACUCGCGUGGGUUUGUUUGGGUGUUUUUUCCCUCGAUUCGAGAAGUUUUUUAUUUUUUGGUGCGUGCCGUCGUCGGCGCGUUCGCAAUCAUGGAUUAUUAUUCCGAUUAUCAUUACGAUGUUCGUCUCAGGUUGAUUUUUUCCAAACGGCGUGGAUGUGUCCGCCUGACCUGGAUUGGAAUCGUGUUUUGAUCCCCCACCCCCCGACCCCUUCCCACCCCCCACACCCCCCUGCGUGGAUUAUUUUCAAAUCGACCAUGGGCUCAUCGUGCACUUCUUCGCCGUGAAUACGCCCCAUUAUUUGCUUCUCUUAUUCAUCUGGACCUCUUGUGAGGUUUUUAGCCUUGCUUACCCCCCCACACCCCUCCCCUUCUCCUCCUCGCCCGUGUAUUUGUGUGGAGUGGACCCCCACUUCAGGGACGGGACCCCCCCACUCUUGCGUGUCAGCCCCUUGGGGUGUUGAUGUUGGGAUUUCGACAUGCCUAACGCCGAGGAGCCAAAGCUGGGAGCAUUAUGACGACAACGACGAAUUGGGUGGCGAACGGGGCAAGCCUCGAGGACUGCCACUCCAACAUCUUCUCCCUGGCGGAUUUGACGGGCAUCAAAUGGCGCUGCUACAACUUCCGUGGCAAUGGCGAGUACGGUCCGGUGAUCUCGGCGCCCGCACAGGACGACCCGGUCCUGCGCAGUUUCAUGCGCUGCGUGCAGGCCAACCUGCUGUGCGUGUGGCGCCGCAAGAUCAAGCCAGACGCCAAGGAGCUGUGGAUUUUCUGGUGGGGUGACGAGCCCAACCUGUCGGAUGUCAUCCAUCACGAGCUGGAAGUGGCCGAGGAGGGGCUCUGGGAGUGCGGACUUUCCUACGAGUGCAGGACCCUGCUGUUCAAGGCCGUGCACAACCUGCUGGAAAGAUGUCUCAUGGACAAAGGCUUUGUGCGAGUCGGCAAGUGGUUCUUCAAGCCGCACCAACUGCAGGAAAAGUCUCUGGGCAGCAGUGAGCACCUCUCGUGUUCCUUCUCCUUCUUCCUGCACGGGGAGAGCAACGUGUGCACCAGUGUGGAGAUCGCCCAGCACCAGCCUGCGUACCACAUCACAGAACAGCACAUUCACCUCGCACACACUUCCGUCACGCCAAUACAAGUGAUCCUAAGCCCCUACGGUCUGAGCGGUACUCUGACGGGUCAGGCAUACAAAAUGAGCGACCCGGCAGCACGUAAGCUGAUGGAGGAGUGGAGCUACUUCUACCCUAUGGUACUGCGACGAAAGGCGGGAAGCAGCGAGGAAAACCAAGAGCCGGUCGAUGAUCGCAACGCUCACGUGGCAGUGGAGGUGGUCGUCGGUGGCGUACGGAUGACCUACCCAGCUGCUUUUGUGCUGAUUGGCCAGGGCCAGCUGCCGUUGGAGCCACCUCCACCUGCGCCUGCAGCUCAGGGCCUCGCCAGAGAGCAGAAUCACUGCAGCGUGCCGCUCACGCCGCCAACAUCGCCGGAACAGCCCUGCUCGGCGGACAGCGGUUUCGUGACCUCGGCCUCGAGUGUCCCAACCCCAGACAGCGGUCUCGGGGUCACCAGCCUGAGCCCAAAGCAUUCUGGGAAAAAGCUGACUUGUCAGGUGGUCCAUCAGGCCUGGAGGGAAUGCUACCUCAGCCAGCCUCAGCACAUACUAAAGCAGCCGUCCGACGUGACGCCAAAGAAGGAAGUGCCAAAUGGAGUCACCACGUGGGAUUUCAAUGACGUCGGGGCGCGAGCGCCGUGCAGCUGCUCGAGGCUGAAGCAGCAGAAGUUGACAACCGCCACGAGCAUCUCCAACCCUCAGAACGGUGCCAAUCCGUCCUCUGGCUCAUCAUUAUACGCGUCUUCCAUACCCAAACACAAGACCAGCGACAAGACGGAAAAGGCCGACAAACAAUCCAAGAGACCGGCCAUGAUCCCCUUUCACCACCGUGUAUGCGCCACCCAGGAGACCCCUCUGGAGCAGGACUCACCUGGGGGGCCCCAGCUCAGCGGUCUGGUAGCACUCGAGCCACCGAUGGAGCCUCUGGCCACUCUGGCAAGCUGCAAGUAUCCCAAACAGCUCUCCAACGGAAGGAAAGCUCCGGAGUCACUUCUCUUGUCGCCAAUGUCUCCGCUCCCUCCCACGCUUAGCCCGCACCCCCGGGUGCAGGACCCGGAGGUACUGGAAGGGCCGCUGGACAUUCACGUAUGUCAGGAGGCCGCGGCGGGCAUGGGCGUGAUGACCAGUGAGACGGCAGUGUACGCGGCCUUGCUGAAGCAGAGGGAAAACGGGGCCGGCUGGUGGAGAGGCUUCCGGACUCCCAGGACUGAUAAGAUGGAUUUCAGACCUCCAGAGGUCUCGGCUGAUAAAGUAGAAGAGGCAAAAACGGAGGCGGUCCCUGAGGGAGCCUCGCUAAAGAGACUUUACACACAGGCGCACAAGAGAUUUAAAAUCUCAGACGAGAGAUUGCGGGAGCACGUCCAGGCACUGGGCCUGCUCCAGCAACCGGUUGCGGAGGUGCUGCGCGAGCCAGGGGAAGACCCCUACGACUUCAAGGAAGGUGACAUCGAGUACACGUUCUCCACUUCCAAGAGAUUAAAGAGUCAAGGGCGGGAAUCCGGCAAGAGAGCCAAGAGUGAAGAAAUCACCAGCAAUGGCCACUUGCCAGAUGGGAAAGACGCAAUGUCCAUUUUCAACUCUGCUCCCAAAUCAGAUGAGUCCAGUCAAGACGACGCAGCCGCCAAAGCCAAUCCUUCUCUGACCCGAGAAAAAGACCUGGUGGUCAACAUUUCAGAUCUGGACAACAUAUUUGAUGAAGAUGAGGAGGAGCUUGGGACGGUUUACCCCAACCAGCACUCAACCAAAGUCACAGUAUCCGCUGAGGAUCGUCCUCUGAGUAAAGAAGGCAGAGCGGCAGUUCCGUAUCCAUCAACAGUAGCAGACCUUCAGCGUAUGUUCCCCACGCCACCCUCCCUGGAGCAGCAUCCGGCCUUCUCUCCCAUCAUGACGUACCGGGACACGCCCAGCCAGGAGCCCCCCGCCCCCGCCGGAGUGCCUGACCACCUUCUGCCAGUCACCUCCAACCAGCUGCCUGAAUUCAGGAUGGAGCUUGAGGAAGGCGUGGCUAGCCCCUGGCAAGAAGACUUCAAAACGCAGGUGGUCUGCUCCAUGUUCGCGCCACUUUCCUGCCUCCCGAGUCAGAGUUUAGCACCGCUCAAGAUUCCCGAGCAGUGCUACUACCGCCCGUCCUGGGCUCUCCUGCCCAAAAUGGAGCACAUCCCGGCCGCCAUGCACGCCCACAGCAGCAAUUUCGUCAGGGACGGAUACACAAAUAUCCCAAGUGUCAGCGCUCUAACGGACCAGGACUACAACCAGAUGAGCGGCACCACGGCUUCGGUGAGCACCACGGUGGGCAUCCUGCCUUCCCCGGCCACGCCUCGUUUCUCCGUGCCCACUCCGCGCACCCCUCGCACGCCGCGGGGUAUGAACCCCGCCAGCUCCGGCCAAGGUUCCGUGAAGCAGGACGGGACUGAGCUGAGCUCGCCGGCUUCGACCCCUUCCACCAGCCUGCCCCUGAGCUCCGUGGAGCCCCUGGCUCGACCUCGACCUUGCCUCCCGGAGAGCCACAGCCUCUACGCCAUUCUGCUUCUGUCGGACUCGGUCCUUAACGUCUUCAAGGACCGCAACUUUGACAGCUGCUGCAUCUGCGCCUGCAACCUGAACGUCAAGGGGGCGGACGUCGGGGUGUACAUCCCCGAUUCCACCUGCGAGGAUCAGUACCGCUGCACGUGUGGCUUCAGCGCCAUUGUGAACAGGCAGCUGGCCCACGGCACGGGCCUCUUCCUGGAAGACGAGUUGGAUAUUUACGGCCGCUCCUCGGAGGUCGGCCGCGCCGCCGAGAGGAGGCUGGCCCUCGGCCGGCGGGAGCCGACGAUGGGCGACCCCCGAGCGAAGCGUCCUCAGGAUGCGGCCCCCGCCUCGCCAGCCGUCAUGGUCUUACUUCAGGAGCAGUGCUCGCAGCCCAUUUCCUCCCUCGCCUCGCUGCACCUUCCCCACGCUUACUCCAGCUAUUCCCGCAAGGGGGCGCUGCUGCAGAGUUGGAUGUCGGAAAAGCAGUGGGCGGACGGGAGCGACGCCUGCGUGGAGUGUUACAACGCCCUGGAGCAAGGUCUGCAGUAUGUGGACAACUCCACGGGAGGGAAAGUCGAUCCGGCUGUUGUCCGAAGUACCGCUCUGCAUCCCUGGCCUCACACCAACGUGGUGGACAUGAGCAUGUUGUCGUCCCAGGACAUGGUGCGCUUGCUGCUGUCCCUGCAGCCCUUCCUGCAAGAUGCCAUCCAGAAGAAAAGAACCGGACGGACUUGGGAUAACAUCCAACACGUUCAGGGUCCGCUCACCUGGCAGCAGUUCCAUAAGAUGGCGGGAAGAGGCUCGUAUGGUUCUGAGGAGUCCCCGGAGCCCUUGCCCAUUCCCACAGUCCUGCUUGGCUACGACCGAGAACGGGACUUCCUGGCACUGUCCCCUCUUGCCUUGCCCUUCUGGGAGAAGCUCUUGCUGGAGCCUUACGGGGGUCAACGCGAUGUAGCGUACGUGGUACUUUGUCCCAAUAGUCCUCCCCUGCUUGCUGCCGCCCGAGCCUUCUUCCAGGAGCUCAGCGCCGUUUACGAGACGUGUCGGCUUGGGAAGCACCGUCCUCUGGCCAAGGUGUCCCGGGAUGGCAUAAUCCGCGUGGGGGAGGACGUGGAGUCCCAAAGGGUGGAGGAGCUCGACGUGGACCAGUGGUUGACUGGUCCCUGGGCCGGAGAGCACCACGCAGACAACCUCAGCAAACUGAAACUUUACGCCUAUGCCUGUAAGCUGCAGCUCGGACCCCAGUUGUCAGUCCUGCCUUUGGACAGCACGCUUUUGCUGCCAUCCAAAAUCCAACCACCCAACUCGUCAGCGCAACCUGCCCCCUCUGGACAAUCUCAAGCAUGGACGUCGGACGCAGAGCCAGCUCCCGGGGCUGCCGCUUCAGUGAACGCCUCCACUCCAUCUGCAACACCCUCAGGCCAGACGGGGGAGACGACGCCCGGAGGCUCCAGCGAGUCCAAAGGACCCUUGAACACACCAGCAGAGAACCCCGACGUCACCGCCGAGCAGUACAGAAUCGGUAUCCCGACUGGCCCCGACUCCACGGACAGCCGCACCAACCCACCGGCCAUCGUUGUUUACGUCGUGGACGCGUUCCUGAGUCCGACUGGCACGAGGAGUGAAGGAGGGGAGGAAGAGGAAGGUGACGAAGUCGAGGCAGAGAGCGUGUGGCUGCUGGGGCUUCUUCGCUGCUACACGGAAAUGCUGCAUACCUUGCCUGAGACCAUUAGACCUGCACUUGUUCUACAGGUGGUGCCAUGCCAGUACCUCCUCCAGCCCGCCAGUGGCGAAAGCCAUUUAUACCUGCAGCACCUGCGCUCUCUGGCCUUCUCCUGUUACUCCCAGUGCAGACGCCUGCGGCCCCAGCACACGCACAUCAAGUCCCUGACCGGUUUUGGCCCCGUGUCCACCGUCACCUCGGUCCUCAAGAGUCCAGAGCAUCCCAGCCCUGUGCAUCUCUAUUCACCCCCCUUCAUCCUCGGGCCCACUCGGCCCAAGCAACCAGAGCAAGGAGAGAUUUGGGCCGAAAUCCCUCCCAGGUACAACGUGCUCUUUGUUGGAUACUGCUUGUCACAUGACCAGCGCUGGAUCCUUGUGUCAUGCACGGACCAGCAUGGAGAGCUGCUGGAGACGUGCAUCAUCAAUGUCGACGUGCCGAACAGGGCUCGGCGCCCGAAGGUGUCCGCUCGGAAGAUGGGUCUGCAGAAGCUGUGGGAGUGGUGCGUCGGCAUCAUCCAGAUGACCUCACUGCCAUGGAGGAUUGUGAUUGGUCGGUUAGGGAGACUGGGCCAUGGCGAACUUAAAGACUGGAGCUCGCUCCUCGGGGAGCACUCGCUGCAAUCGAUAGGGCGCCAGCUCAGGGAGGCGUGCCGCAUGUGUGGCAUCUCAGUGGCGGACACCCCCUCCAUCCUCAGCGCCUGCCUGGUCGCCAUGGAGCCGCAGGGCUCACUCGUGGUCAUGCCCGACGCGGUGACGAUGGGCUCCGUGUUCGGCCGCAGCACUGCCCUGAACCUGCAGACGUCGCAGCUGAACACGCCUCAGGACGCCUCGUGCACACACAUCCUCGUCUUCCCGACAUCCGCCACCACCCAGCUGGCGCCGAGCUCCUACCCCACUGAGGACAAUAACGACGACAUGUUCGACCUGCCCUUUCCUGACGAACUGGAGAACGACAUCGGCCACGACAUGAUGCUGAUCACGGGUAACCUCCACCCUUCCCCCAACACCUCCCCCGUGCCAUCGCCGGGCUCUCCAUCCGGAAUGGGGAUGGGGUCCCAUUUUCAACACACCAGGAGCCAGGGCGAGCGCUUGCUCUCCAGAGACAAUCCGCCGGAAGAGCUGAAGCAGCAGCCGCUGGCUCUGGGCUACUACGUCUCCACGGCGCAGGCCGGCGGCGGACUCCCGCACUGGUUUUGGGCUUCGUGUCCUCAAGCUGAGAAUCAGUGUCCUCUGUUCCUCAAGGCCUCGCUCCACCACCACAUCUCCAUGGUCCAGUCAGAUGAGCUGGUGGCAGACAAGACAAAGAGGACCCCUCACCCGCUGGACUCCAAAACCACCUCUGAUGUGCUCCGAUUUGUAUUGGAGCAAUACAAUGCACUCUCCUGGCUGACGUGCACGCCUGCCACCCAGGACCGCCAGUCUUGCCUGCCCGUCCACUUGGCCGUGCUGGUCCAAAUGUACAAUGCCAUCCUCAACAUGCUCUAGCCGUACGCACCUCCUAUUCCGCAGCUCUGGGCCUUCUCAGCGUCCCCCCCCCACCCCCUCCCACUUUGCAACUCCUCGUCUCAGAGAGGACUCUCCCAGGGCCUGGAAUGUAAAUCCGAGUGACAAAAUGCUAAGCCAGUGCAAAAGAAAAAAACUUGGAAAUGGCUGUCACGGUGCUUUCUCAUGGAGAGAAACUCGGGUGGCAUUUUGAAACAAACGUCUGCAGACCUGUAAUAUUGUACAACCAGCAAAUUUGCAUGUCAACGCACACUCGUGGCAUUGUUGCGUCGUUUUAAAUUUUGUACAAAAAAAAAAAGGCGCUGUUGAAAGGUUCUUUGAACUCUUACGGGGGAGCGUUUUGCAAGCGGCACUUUUUCUUCACCUUUCAAAGGGUUGUAGAUAAGCAAUGGCGGUACAAAAAAAAAAAAGAUGAAGACAGGCCGGGGUGUUCAUAAUGUAAAACAUUUGCAAAGAAUUUAAAGUUAUUUUGUCAUAUUUAAAAUGAAACAAAAGGGGGGGGGGGGGAGAAAGGCCUUUUUUGUUGCCAUCUUUUGGGAUCUGAAAUGAACGUUGACAAUUUAAUGCAAUAUUUAUACAAAUUAUAUCAUGUCAUAGAAUUUGAUAUCUGUACGUAUAUAUCUAACAAAUAUAUAUUACCUCUUCCAAACAGGCACUUAAUGAAAAUAAAGGGUGAUGGACACAGAAUGAACAUCAGUUAAAAACAAAAAAAAAAAAGGAAAAUCUAUAUAUCGUUUGUUUUAUUUAAUGCCUUUCAAUUAAAAAUAUGCAGGAGAUAUUAAGGCGAAUCCUUGAACGAGGCAAUCGAAAAUGUUCAAAUGAAAAUAUUUAAGAAGGACACUUAUGAUUUCAAGAUGAUGUCAAGCAAACCACGCGAAAGGCCCCGCCCCCUUUGCUAUUUGUUACAAUCGGAGCAUGUUUGUAUGAUACACCAUUCGGCUGUGUUUUUCUGGAAUUUUUUAAAAGCUGUACAUUUCAAGCUGUUUUUGUUUUAUUAUUAUUAUUUUUUUUGCUGUGAGCUUUUAUACAUAUAUAUAUAUAUAUCUAUAAAUAUAUACAGUGGAAAAAGUCAUUUACUUCCAGCCAAAUACGUGGAAAUUGCCAAGUGAGUGUUCACGAAAUUGUACAGACAAAUGCAAGUUUGCAAAAGACUUUGUUACGUCGGUCAUCAAUUUGAAUAUGGAACAGAUCCACACCAAGUGGGAGAUAUCUGUUACUUUUACACUAUUUUUUAAAGUAAAUUAUUAAAAGCCUUCCAAGUGAGAA